AUGCUUCCCAUAUUUAGCAGUGGCAAGGUGGAUACUGAGACGGUGUUUCAGUCGUUCAUACCACUAUUGAUCAGUCUCCUGGGCCUGUUUGCUUCAGGCAGCAUCUACAGCAAUGUCAUCCAGGACGAAAACCUGAAGAAAUACCCGUUGGUUCUCCUUUUCACCUGUGUCCUAGGAUUCAAGGGAAAUGUAGAAAUGAUCUUCUCAAUCCACAUCACACACUACAAAGAGACCAUGUACAGCAAGACCGAAUACCUGGCACGCGUAUUCCAGCAUUCAAACAGACUCGUAUUCAACUCAGCUGCAAUUGGUGUCACUCUUGGCCUAAUUGGCGUAGUACACGACAUGCUGCUUGGAACUCAAAACGAGCUCGUCCAACUCAACAUCCUCGUCACCACCGCCUUCUCGUGCGUGGCCUCGUCAGUUCUCUUCGUCUUCUCGCUCCUGACGACUCUCGAGGUGGCCACCUUCUUCAAAAUGGAAGUUGAGAAUGUCAUUCUGCCUACGCUAAGCGCAGUGAGUGAUUUGUUAGUUUUGUUUAUGCUCAGGUUUCUGAUUUCGAAAUGCGACUCAGCCGAUUACCAUGCGCUAUUUCUGCUUGGAUUCACCACAUUCUGCCUCUUCUGUCUCACUGGGACCAUUGCAGCCACCGGUGAUUCAGGCGACUCAAUCGUCCCAGUUGGGACACUAAUCGCAUCCACUGCCUCCUCAGUCGCCUGUGGCUUCAUCGUAGGCCGCCUCGCUACCGCCUUUCCCCAUGUUCCAGUCACAUUCCCCUUCUAUUCGGGAAUGUCCAUCUCAAUCACCCUCAUGUUUCUUCAUAGGACAAUCACGGCUGACUACUCCACCGUCUCAAAGAGAUCAACCGAAACCACCCUCAUUUUCAUGGCACUGGUCUUCUCACUCGUCUUCCUGUGGCUCUCCUACACCACUCUCCUCUUCUUCUCAGUUGGCUUCAGUCUCCUCUUUUUGGGUGGAUUCGUUGCACUGGUUGCUGGGCUCAUUCAGUUCCUGAACAGAAUCACAGAGAAACUCAGCUACGAGGAGAUCUACACGCUUCCAGUGAUCACAGUCGCAGCUGAUGUGUUCUCAAUCUGCAUUCUCACCGUAAUUGGUCUCUGUAACUGCAAGUGUAUUGUGAUGGAUGGUGAUCCUGAAUAA